CAUAUGGUGGAACUGAACUCCUCAUUUUUCCCCAAAGGAGCCAUCGUUUCCGAGGGAGGAACAAGAGAAAACCCUGUACCUAAUUACUUUGUGUGAGUGAAUGGCAAGAAUUUAAAAUAAUAUUAGGGUUAUUCAACUUCAUUAUCUGUUCUAAAAAGGUUACUACAGAGAACUGGUCAUUAGCUCAGAUGGAUUCCUCGACUCUGAAACCCUCCCUUUUUUUAUCUAAAUUAUCUUCUUCUUCUGCUUCUGCUUCUACGAUUCUUGUUUCUGCUCCACCUUCAGCCACUUUCCCAAGAAAGGUCAGAGACGGUAUUAAAGGAAGGUUGGCCCUGAGAAUUAGAGCUUAUGAUUCUUCCAAGGAUAACUCUGCAAGUAACUCUGGUGAUGCCAAGCCCCCCAAUGGGACUCUGUCAAAGACUAGGAAAGAAAUUCUAUUGGAGUAUGUUAAAAACGUGCAGCCAGAGUUUAUGGAGCUAUUUGUGAAAAGAGCACCACAGCAGGUAGUUGAAGCAAUGCGACAAACAGUGACGAAUAUGGUUGGGACACUACCCAAUCAAUUUUUUGCUGUAACAGUUACCACUGUAGCUGAGAACCUUGCACAGCUCAUGUACAGUGUUAUGAUGACUGGUUAUAUGUUUAAGAAUGCACAAUACCGCAUGGAAUUGCAACAAAGCUUGGAACAAGUUGCUCUACCUGAUUUGCAAGAUAAAAAGGACUUGCCAGAUUAUGCACCAGGUACACAGAAGAAUGUGUCUGGUGAAGUUAUCAGAUGGAAUAACGUUUCUGGUCCUGAGAAAAUAGAUGCUAAAAAGUACAUUGAGAUACUUGAAGCAGAAAUUGAAGAACUCAAUCGUCAAGUUGGUAGAAAAUCUUCAAAUGGACAGAAUGAGUUGUUGGAAUAUCUCAGAUCUCUUGAGCCACAAAAUCUGAAGGAGUUGACAAGUAGUGCUGGAGAGGAUGCUGUGCUUGCAAUGAACACCUUUAUUAAGCGACUUUUAGCUGUUGCAGAUCCAGAACAAAUGAAGACAAGUGUAACGGAGACUAGUGCAACAGAACUUGCCAAACUACUUUAUUGGCUGAUGGUGGUUGGGUACAGCAUCCGCAACAUUGAAGUUCGUUUUGACAUGGAACGGGUACUUGGGAAGCCUCCCAAACUUGCGGAAUUGCCUCCAGGAGAGAACAUUUGAUCACUUGCACUGGAAUAACCAACAAUUGAUAUCAGGGCAAGAGUGGAGUGCAAUAAUUUAGUGCUGGAUUUACUAUGCAACUAAGCUGGUGGCUUUAUUGCAGGGUACGUAUUCUUGGAGGCUGCCCUUCAAAAAUAUUUUGCAUAAACUAUCAAGAAAUUGUUGGUAGAAAAGCUAAUUGUAUUCUUUUGAUACGUCAAGAUCCUUGAUAUAUCGUCUCAAAAUUUUCAAUGACGAGAUCAACGUGAUGGACUUUUAUUCUUUUUUAUCUGAGAUGGAAGACAUUAUGAAUUCUAGAGCUAA